AAUCCGUCCUAGCCAGCUGUACUGGGUCAGGCUGAAGCAUGAAGUGAUUGCGAUUGACGUGGUCCAUGUCCCCACUCACGCGUUGAAUCGUCUCCGUCCCACGUGGUCCACCCCUCUUCGGUUGGCCCGCUUGGUCCGCUUGGCCGUUGCCCUGACCUUUCGCCGCCAGUGCAGGUCACGCAGCCCGGCUUGAACAAGAUGGGGGGUUCCUCCGAGCAGGUCAUUUCGGCCGUGGAUCAUUACCGUCGCAAGAUGGAGCGCCACGCCCACGAAAGUCGCACGCUUUUGCACGCUCUCUCGAAAUUGGAUCGUUUGGAAGGGAUUUCGAUCGCCGUGUUGCACUCCACCGGGAUCGGCAAGGCCGUCAACAGCCUCAAGAAGCACGAAGACGAGGACGUGGCCGGCAAGGCCCGGGCCAUCGUGGCCAAAUGGAAGGAGAUCGUGGCCAAUGAAGAAGAAGAACAGGAACAGAUCAAAGAAGAGGAGGAACAGCAACAGCAGGAACUACAAGAGCAGCAGUCACCCCCUCCGGAGCCAGAGGUGCACGCCCAGCCCUCGGAGACGGAAGCGGAGCCCCAAGAGGCUAGCCCGCCUCCGCCCCUGGCUGCCAGUCCCCCGCGGGUGGCUACGCCCAACAGGUCAUCCGAGAGUGAACCGGGCAAGAAGCGAUCCAAGUCGGAUCGGGAGGCCAGCUCGGAGACGAGUGGCACGCCAACCAAGCCCAAGAAGUCGGCCAAGUCCAAGCAUCGUGAUAGAAGAGACAGCGCGGAAUCCAGUUCGCAUCGAAAGGACAAGAAGUCGAGCCACGCCUCCUCGUCCGCGUCCAAUCCCAAGAAGGAUAAGGAACGCUCGACCCGUGAUCGUGAUCAUCAUCGACAGCAUAAAAGUGAUAAAAAGUCCGGCUCCAAAUCGGAAUCCUCGUCCAGUCGUCAUCGCUCGCACGAUUCCAAGUCCAAGUCGAGUAGUCGGUCGCUCCAGCUGGAUUCGGACGGCUUUGCGGCCGCCUUGGACGUGCCCACCGUGAGUAACGGCAGUACCAGUGCAGCUGGGCCGGUCGUGUCCGGUCUGAAACGGCGGGAACGCGAUGAAUCCCCGCGCACGGCUUCGCCCAGUCCGGCGCCUCCACCCAUUCGGAGCCAAAGUUCGGCUGGCCCGCCCCCGGUUCCGGCUCAGGCCGCUUCGUUACCCGUGCCGACCAAUCUGAACCCUAAUUACAAACCCCUGCCCCGCCAGGACAACUCAUACGUCAAUGGCAUCACGCGCAAGAUUGCGCAUCAGACUGAAGAUGAGGCCCUGUCCACGUUGAUCGCCUUACGCAAGAGCAAGAGCUCGCGCACAAUGGUGUAUUCCGGCGCCAAAAGAACCGGGUUUAUGGGCGAGGUCCCUUCGUUGCUGCAAAUCUGCAUACGGGUGCUUCAGGAGCACGUGGACGAUAUUGAGGAGUGCGGUGGUUUGGGCUACGAUAUCCUGGAGCCCGUGUUGGAGCGGGCCACCCCGCCCACCCUGAUGCAUAUCGAAGAGCGCAAUCCCAAUCUCAUGGAAGACACGGGUCCUCUGUGGGAACGAUUUUGCAAGAAGCAUUUCGCCAAGGACAAACGUGAAGAGUUCGAGUCUUGGCGCGAAAUGUUUGAGCGCUGCACGCAAGAGCGGGAAACCAAGCUCAACAUGCUCAAGCUGAAAGUCAAGGACUCCUACAAGCGAGAAGAGAGCUCGCACAAGCGAGCCAAACUGGCCUAUGUGGGCACGGUGGCUAAACCGCCCCGGGGGGUUAUGCGGGCUCAAGCCAAGCAUGGCACGGGACUGCCCGUGGGGUUCAAAAUGGGCGCCGGUAACGUACCCGUCCGGUCCUCGGUCGCCCCCGUUCCCGUGGGCAGUGCACCUAAACCCAAGCCCAAGGUGGCGCCUAUGAUGGCCAAGACACUGCGUAUGGCUCGGGGUCUCAAGACCGGUUAUAGAAAGUAAUAGAGGCAGUUGUUUUGGUCACGGCACGCCUCUUAGACACACGAUGAUCCAUCAAGCUGUCUACACGAGCAAGAAAAACGAAUGAUACAUCCAGUAGCAACAAAGAUGACGAUGACCCUUUAUGCACUAUCAAGUGAUAACCACUUCUGUUUCAACACUCCACGGUUGGCUGAUCUCGGUCAACCCAAUCCAUCCCCAACCCACCAGAGAAUUGUGGGACAUGCUUUGUAGCCUAUUUUACCCCCUUGGAACGUCAAACAAACAGAAAAUUCUCUUAAGAGUUAUGUUGUCCCUCUUUCGUCCAGCCCCACGAUCACGGAGGUUGGUUUCCUUUACCAUCCGAGAUUACUUUCCAUCCGGAAGGAUCUCGGAUCCCCCACCUCUUCCAAUUUUGCACCACCCUCGUCGCUAUUGGUUUGUUGUCUCACAAGAAAAUAAAUUCAUAUAUUGAGAAGA